AGCUCCACCUUCGUCAUUUCCUGAGAAAUGUUCCUCUGAAGUGGGAGAGGGAAGCUCUGCUAUUCGCCAUUAAUGGCGUCCGUUGCCCUACUCUCCUCCUGCAAUCCGGCGUUUCGCCCUCUCUCCACUUGCCGAUCUCGAUCUCCUAAAUCUCCACUCUCCAGAUCUCAAAAUCUUCCAAACCUCUCCAGAUCCGCUCUUUCCUCGCCUUCAUGUCGCAUCUCUUCGCCUCCGAUUGCGCUCCAGAAACCCUACCUAGGGUUUUCUCUUUCUUCAAAACCCUCGAGUCGCUCUGUGCCGUCGACCUCGAAACGGAUUUUUAACGUUCGCGCUUCGGCCUCUUCUGCUGCUAUAGUCCCUUCUGAGCCAUGGAAAGGCGCGGCUUUGAAGCCGUUGAUUGCCUCGAUCGCAACGGGUGUUAUUCUCUGGUUCGUCCCGGUCCCUUCUGGCGUGUCGAGGAACGCCUGGCAGCUGCUUGCGAUCUUCCUUGCAACGAUCGUUGGCAUCAUCACCCAGCCACUCCCGCUUGGUGCUGUCGCGUUGAUGGGGCUGGGUGCUUCGGUUCUCACCAAAACCCUAACCUUUGCUGCUGCCUUCUCUGCUUUCGGCGAUCCCAUCCCGUGGCUCAUUGUCCUGGCUUUCUUCUUUGCCCGGGGUUUCAUAAAGACCGGACUUGGGAACCGUAUUGCAUACCAAUUUGUGUCGCUCUUUGGUAGCUCCUCGUUGGGUCUGGGUUACAGCUUGGUGUUCAGUGAGGCGCUUCUUGCACCGGCCAUCCCUUCAGUUUCCGCUCGGGCGGGUGGGAUUUUCCUCCCCCUUGUCAAAUCCCUUUGUGUUGCAUGCGGCAGCAAUGUAGGGGAUGGAACAGAGAACCGGUUGGGCUCUUGGUUGAUGCUCACUUGCUUUCAGACCUCAGUGAUUACGUCAGCAAUGUUUUUGACAGCUAUGGCAGCAAAUCCUUUGAGUGCAAAUCUUACAUUUAAUACGAUAAAGCAGACCAUUGGGUGGACCGAUUGGGCUGUGGCCGCCAUUGUUCCGGGUUUGGUCUCAUUGAUUGUUGUUCCAUUGCUUUUGUAUUUGAUAUAUCCACCAACAGUGAAGAGUAGUCCUGAUGCGCCAAAGCUUGCGAAGGAGAAGUUGGCGAAGAUGGGGCCGAUGACCAAUAACGAGUUGAUCAUGACAGCAACACUGUUUCUUACGGUGGGGCUCUGGAUCUUUGGAGGUGUUCUGAAUGUGGAUGCUGUCACUGCUGCUAUUCUUGGAUUAUCCGUCCUCCUCAUAACUGGAGUUGUAACAUGGAAGGAGUGUUUGUCUGAAGCGGUGGCCUGGGACACUCUGACAUGGUUCGCUGCGCUUAUUGCGAUGGCUGGCUAUCUCAACAAAUACGGUCUCAUCUCCUGGUUCAGUCAGACUGUUGUCAAGUUUGUAGGUGGGCUGGGUCUGUCAUGGCAGCUGUCAUUCGGCAUCCUGGUUCUCCUCUACUUCUACUCCCACUACUUCUUCGCCAGUGGGGCUGCACACAUUGGUGCCAUGUUCACAGCCUUCCUGUCAGUCGCAAGUGCACUGGGCACCCCACCACUCUUCGGUGCCAUGGUCCUCUCCUUCCUCUCCAACCUCAUGGGCGGUCUCACUCACUACGGCAUCGGGUCUGCUCCCAUCUUCUAUGGUGCCAACUACGUGCCACUGGGCAAGUGGUGGGGCUACGGAUUCCUCAUUUCAGUCGUCAACAUAAUCAUCUGGCUUGGGGUCGGGGGCUUCUGGUGGAAGACCAUUGGCUUGUGGUAAUGUGCUCUGAUUUUUGUCCGCCUUAGGUAUCAUUUCCAAUUUUAUUUUAUUUUUUGUGUUUACUACCUGUUCCUGAGGGAGGCUGUUUAUUUUUACUUUAAUUAAUUAUUUUCUGAAAAAUUAUUAUUAUUUAAGUACU